AUGGGAAGUGUGCAAGACUAUACAGCUGUGUCUGAGCCUGUUGGUUCCUUAAGGAUCCCCCGUCAGGACUAUACAGCUGUGUCUGAGCCUGUUGGUUCCUUAAGGAUCCCCCGUCAGGACUAUACAGCUGUGUCUGAGCCUGUUGGUUCCUUAAGGAUCCCCCGUCAGGACUAUACAGCUGUGUCUGAGCCUGUUGGUUCCUUAAGGAUCCCCCGUCAGGACUAUACAGCUGUGUCUGAGCCUGUUGGUUCCUUAAGGAUCCCCCGUCAGGACUAUACAGCUGUGUCUGAGCCUGAAGUGGAGAACUACCGGACAGCGAUGCGUAAGAUGGCGGAUGACAUCAUAGCCCUGAGGACCCAGGUGGUAACCUUGGGGACGGACAACAGCCAACUCCGCAGUGACCUCACGCUGCACCAGGACCUAGGACGCCACCUACUGGACGACAUUGAUGUAGGCGUCAUGACCAAGGCAGAGAUCGCUGACCGGAUAGCCUCUCUGAAGUUUAAGCUGGCCAGUGAGAGCAGCAAGGCUUCAGCUCAGAGAGACAAGAUACAUCAACUACAGAAUGAUCUGAUCAGGAAGAAUGACAGUGAAAAGGAGUUGCUGCGUCUCCAGAGAGCUCACCAGCAGCAACAGACCGUCCUACAGCGAUACCACAGGACUGUCUCCAAGACUGCAGGCCUGGAGACCACCGUUAAACAGCAGGAGAAGAUCAUUGAGAAGAUGGAGAAGCUUCUGGACAACACACUGACAGAGAAGAGCAAGGACAAUGCAGAGAGGAUGGUGAAGAUGAAACCAACAGGUGAGGAGGAUAACAGGAAGGAGACAGCGACAGCAGCAGAGAACAGUCGACUCAGAGGAGAACUGGACAAGAUACGUUCCCAACCUCCACAAGCUGCCAUCACCAUACAACAGCCUGCACAGCAGGUUUUCCCAGACAGAGAGAGGCUGAGUCUGCUCAGUAAGCUGGAGAAGGCAGAGACCAGAGUACGAACACUCGAAAAACAGCUGGAAGAUAACUCUAAGCGAUGGGGCAGACAGAAACAAGACAUGCUGAUCAGACUCAGUGAACACAUCUACGGUUUGGAUCGCACGUCGUCCACCAUCGCCCAUGAUCUACCCCCGAAGAGUGUGUCAGAUUCUGUGCUGGAGCGUACCCGACAAAGAGAGCUGAAGCCGGUGAAGAAGUGA